AUGCGUGUUCCUUACACAUCAUCAAUUUCACAAAUAAGUAAAUUUCUACAAAAUUUAAAUGACUAUCUUGAUUCUGGUGUAUACUGUGAUUUAACAUUUAUAAUUGAUUAUGAAAAAUUCCCAUGCCAUCGUAUAAUUCUUGCUAGCGCAUCGCCUUAUUUUCAAGCAUUACUCACACAUAGAUUUAAAGAAAAUGAUCUCAAUUCAAUUGAACUACGCGAUAUUGAACCUAAAAUAUUUUCGUUACUUCUUCAUUAUAUUUAUAGUGGUAAAAUAGACAUUGAUAAUAGUAAUGUACAAGAUAUUUUAAUCGCUAGUGAUAUGCUUCAACUUGAUGAAGUUGUUCAAUUUUGUUGUCAUUAUUUAUCCAUUAGUUUAAAUGAAACAAAUGUUAUUGAUACAUGGAAAAUAGCCGAUGAAUUAGGUUGUUUAUCGUUAAAGGAAAAUGCAGAACAUUAUAUAUUAACAAAUUUUUGUAAUUUAAUUAAAUUUGAUAUGAUUAAAUCCAUUCCACAUAAUCUAUUGAUUAAAAUUAUUUCUAAUGACGAUCUAAUUAUUGAUAAUGAAGAACAAGUUCUUGAAGCUAUAUUAAUAUGGUUUUAUCAUAAUCAUGAACAAUCAUUUGAACAAUUAUUUGAUAGUGUUAGAUUUGAAUACAUUUCUAAAGAACAUCAAAAGAAAAUUUUACAUCAAAUUGGAUUUGAAAAUCCAUCCAUAAUUCAUCGUAUUGAACAAAUAAUAACUAAUCGAGAAUGUCGUAUCAAUAACAGUCCAGUAAGACGUGGUAUGAGACAAACAUGCUAUCUGUUUGGUGGUUAUGGUUCCAGUAUAGACGAUGAUAAUUCACAUCUAUUAGCAGCAUCAUAUCGUUGCCAUUUAGAUAUUAAUGAUUCAUCGCCAUCAUCCUAUUCAAUUGAAAUUGAACAAAUUUCUGGCGACGAAAUGCGUUAUCCACGAAUGCAUCAUCAAACUGCAGCACUUGGUAGUCUUAUUUAUAUUGUUGGUGGUGAAGACGGUGAUAAUAUAUUUAAUUCUGUUGAAAUAUUUGAUUCAUUAUCAAAAGUUAAUAAUGAAAAAUGGAGACAAGGAAAUUCAAUGAUAACACCAAGAUGUAAUUUUGGUUUAGUAUCAUUAGAUUCUACAACAUUAUAUGCUUUAGGUGGUCACAUUGGAGCUGAUAUAACGUCAUCUAUUGAAAUGUUCAAUAGUCAAACAGGUCAAUGGAUAGUAUUACCGUAUAAAUUAAAAUCUCCAUGCUAUGGUUUUGCUUGUGUACAGUUAAAUGGUUUAAUAAUAUGUAUUGGUGGUUCAUGUAUAUUUAAUUUACCGGUUAAAACAACAGAAAUAUUUAAUCCUCGAACAGGACAAAGUUAUUUAUGUACAGAUAUGAAUGAAGCACGAACACUAUGUUCAGCAUGUGUUGAUGAUGAACACGAGAGAAUCUAUGUUUUUGGUGGUGCUGAUGCUAAUGGAAAUAGUUUACGUUCCGUUGAAGCUUAUAAUUCAUCAGAUUGUCGUUGGUACAAAUUACCAUCGAUGCUGUUCAAUCGUAUUAGUCCAUGUGUUUAUCGUAUUGGCUAUUACAUAUUUGUUUUUGGUGGACGAACAAGUUUAGCACAUCACUCUGAAAUAUUGAAUACAGCUGAAAUAUAUCAUAUCGAGAAAAAAACAUGGAUACGAACAAAUGAUGUACCGAUUCAUAUAUAUGGCGCAGCAACUGUUCUUCGAUGA